AUGCAGUCUAUUUUGCUUUCCCUUCCUUUUCUUACCAGCAGAGGUGUUUCACCACUUCUUGCAGCAUCGUUGAUCCAUGCUGCAGUUGAUGAAGUCCUCCAAACAGAUUUGACUGAAUUUAAGCAGCAAAGUGUGGAAACAGAGGGAGAAGGAGAUGAGGAAAGGUUCACCUUGCUGGAUGGAGAGUCAUUGCAACGCUGCUUCUUUAACAAGCUUCGGGAUGUUUGCUUUGAGUGGCAGAAGCAGUUGCCACCACUGAGACCACUGAAGCGGUUCCUGCUUGUUUCCAUCCAUGCCAUCCGUAACACUCGACGGAAAAUGGAGGACCGCCACGUUCUGCUCCCAGAGUUCAAUCAGCUGUUUGGUUUAUCAGAUGACACUGAUCGCGCUUACUUUGCUGUAUUUGAUGGCCAUGGUGGAGUGGAUGCUGCCAAUUAUUCAGCAACCCAUUUACAUGUAAAUGUUGGGCUACACGAAGAGAUUGUUAAGAAUCCAGCUGAGGCCUUGAAAUGCUCUUUCCAGAAGACAGAUGAAAUGUUUCUUUUCAAAGCCAAAAGAGAGAAGCUGAGGAGUGGUACAACAGGUGUAUCUGCAUUGAUUGUAGGGAACAAGCUACACAUAGCAUGGCUAGGGGACUCGCAGGUAAUGCUUGUGCAGCAAGGAAAAGCUGUGACAUUAAUGGAACCUCACAAACCAGAAAGAGAAGAUGAAAGAGCGCGUAUUGAGACUCUGGGUGGUUGUGUAACCUAUAUGGACUGCUGGCGGGUUAAUGGUACCUUGGCUGUUUCCAGAGCAAUUGGUGACAUAUGUCAGAAACCCUACAUCUCUGGUGAUGCAGAUGGAAAUUCAUUUGAGCUGACUGGUUCUGAAGAUUACUUGCUCCUAGCCUGCGAUGGAUUCUUUGACGCUAUCAAGCCAUAUGAGGUUGUAGACUUGGUCCUAGAUCAUUUAAUGCAAACCAAAGGAGUGGGUCUCAAAGCAGCCGAAAGACUGGUGGCUGCUGCAAAGGAGAAUGGAUCCAGUGAUAACAUCACUGUUCUAGUGGUGUUCUUGAGGGAUCCUCAGGACAUCUUGGCAGACUGUCUCAGAGACCCUAAGAGCCUUGGGGCUGGUGAUGAUGCUCGGAGCUCACCCUUUAAUUUCCUCAGUUGUGAGGCAGCAGCCACACAGUGACAAAAUCUGCUUAAUCCAGAACAUUCAAAUAAGUUCACAUAAGGAACUGCUUUCCACUGAAGAAGCCUCUAAUGCAAUAGGUGAAACAUGUCAGGAGAAAAAUGACAAAUGGACAAACAUUUAACAGAAAGGCAAGACUCCUUUUACUGAGUUCCCAUUUGUCUUUUCCUUCCUUCCCCCUCCUUUCAAAAAAAAACACUGAGCAGACGUGGAGAUUGUACAGCUAUUUUGUCUCUGGGAGCAGACUUCUAAAGUGUGUCCCAGGGCUGCUGGUCAUACCCCUCUGCCCUGGAAGUGGCUGUAGAGUAAGCACUUCCAGGAAAGAGCCUGUGACCUCCUUCUACCCAGCCUGAUUUUUCUGCGUAGACCUUCGGCUUCUGAGCCCUUCCACAGGACAGGGAACCGCUCCUAUCUCAAGGUAAUAUCUGCAAAGGGUUUUUAGUCAGCCUUCUCUUCUCCCCAAAAAAGUAGCUUUUUGGUGAUAUCUGGCACUCCUCCUGAAAAUCAUCCUGCAAAGAAUCUCUGCCAUCUGAUGCAUGCAAGAUACUGAGUUCCUCUCUAUGGCCCAUUUCUGGUUUAACGCAACGUGAACUGAUGGAGGCCCAAAUCACGUACAGUUCUGCAGGUGAUGCUUCCCUCAAAAGGGCACGAGAUGAACACGGCCUGAUCAGGGAGGCUGACUGGAUAGGGAAGGGAGGUCAUCCAGUAGCACCAGCCCACAUGGCAGAGAAAGGAAUGGACGGGACUGCAGGAGCCCAGGAGGAUGUUGUCAUGGGUAAGAGCAGUGGAAGAGGAACCAAGAAGGACAGAGGAUACGUUCAGAGUGACCACAGAAGGCUGCUGCAACAAGCACCGGAAAAAUGCUUAAAUACAGGGCAAUGGUCCCAUCUUCCUAAUCUAGCUCUUACAGGGUUUAUUCUCGUGUAUCCAUGUAGCUGUCCCUGAAGGAGGAGUCCUGUUUAUGUCCCUUAUUUAGAUAUGCAUUUCUCCAAAUUGGGAUUUGAUAAGAGGACAGCUGCUGCAUUUUUAUUAUCUGUGACAAGCAGCAGUAAAAGCUGUUCAGAGUUCAUGAUGGAAAUGUAUCCAUAUAUUGGCAUUUAUCCAGCUGCACUUCACAAAGCACAGGUGCGGCUUAGAGAGCAAAGAUGCAGAUUUCCCUGCAGGUGCUUGAAGCGUGUCUCAGCCAUAAAGCUGGAGGUGACUCUUCUGCAGUUCAGUGUCAGCAAGGCCAGGAUCUGGCCAGUAAAAGAGAAGAGGCAGUCCUGUUCCCUUGUUUUCUGCCAAGACUAGCAACAGGAAAGCUAAGUAUGACAGUUCAUACAUGGAACCUUAUAUGCAGAAUAACUGUGCUGCUACGGCCUCCAACUUGCUCAUAAAGGCUGCCGUGCACUUGUCCUGUGAUGAUGUAUCAAUGUUGGCUGAAUUUUGAACCCUGGUGACUUUUACGUGAAAAUCUCAGAAUCCCGUUAGUGUACUGUUCCCUAUCGCUUGUUUCUGUUCAGCCACUGCCCAUCAUUUAGACUAAAUAUAAUAACAGCAGAAAACUAGGAAGUAUACGUGUGCCAUCACAAAAUCAUUAGCUACAUGUGUAUUUGUGGUGAACAUCACCCCAGCUGACAACAUCAGUGAAAGCAAGUCCUGGUAAACUCUUUUUGGAAGGUCUGGCAUCAUUCCCCAAACUGGUUCUCCAUGAAGGGACUUGUGUGUCUGCCAAGUGCUUCACUUGCACAAAGCCAGAUGCAGUGGGGUCUGGAUAUCACCCCUCCAACUGCAACCCUUCUAUUCCCAUAGCUCAUUCCCACUACCUGUCAUUUUACUUUCAUUUUACAUUCUUCCCCCACCCCCAUAUUCCCUUUUAUUCUUUCUUUCUUCAUCCUUUCUCCUCUGCCUGCACAUCAGCCAACCUCUUCAUCACACGUGGUCCCUAAUUUUUUAGCUAUGAGCAAGAAGUAUUAAAACCAGAGUUACUGCAAUGUCUGAACA